AUGCGCGACUUGGCCGACUGGCUACCCAUCGCACUUACACCCUCCCAUGGUGGCCACGGCGACAAAGAACUCCAGAACUGGUCGUCCCUGAUUGGCAUCAUCACGGCCAUCUGCGGCAACGUCCUGAUUGCCCUCGCCCUUAAUGUCCAGCGCUACGCCCACAUCCGCCUGCAUCGCCAGCGCGCCCAGGUCCGCGAGCGCGCCAGGCAGGCCCUGAAAAAUGCAAAGUCGCAGGCCACCGCCGCUGCGGCUGCCUCUGGCUACGGCGCUGCGAGGACGAAUAGCAGUUUUUGUCAUGACGAAUACCGUGGCGACUCGUUCGAUGCCUCCGAGACAGACCCCCUUACCCCGUCCCCUCAAUCGGCCGAUCCGCACUGGGCCGGAUACUUGGCAGACGAGGAGGAAGGCGAUGGCAAGACCGAGGUCACGUCUACGUACCUCAAGUCGCCGUAUUGGUGGCUCGGCCAGGUCUUGAUCGGAGUCGGCGAGAUGGGCAACUUCCUGGCCUACGGCUUCGCCCCGGCCUCCAUCGUCAGCCCGCUCGGAGUCGUCGCCCUAGUCUCCAAUUGCAUCAUCGCCCCGCUCUUCUUCAAGGAGGCGUUCCGUGCGCGAGACUUUUGGGGCGUCAUCGUCGCCGUCAUGGGCGCUGUCACCGUCGUCCUAAGCGCGAACCAGCAGGAAACAAAGCUAGGCCCCCACGAGGUGUGGGAAGCCAUCACGACGCUCGAGUUCGAGGUCUACAUGAGCGUGAGCAUUGCCAUGAUUGUAUUCUUAAUGUGGCUAAGCCCGAGGUACGGGAACCGCACCAUCCUAAUCGACCUGGGUCUCGUCGGCCUCCUUGGUAUCUACACGGCGCUUGCGACCAAGGGCGUCUCCUCGAUGCUGUCGUCGAUGCUUCUCGGCGCAUUUGCGACACCCGUGACCUAUGUGCUCCUGCUCAUUUUGAUAGCUACGGCUGGGAUGCAGAUCCAGUACAUUAACAAGGCGCUCCAGCGCUUCGAUUCCACUCAAGUCAUACCCAUUCAGUUUGUGUUUUUUACCCUCUUUGUAAUCAUUGGCAGCGCUGUGCUCUACCGCGACUUUGAGCGCACAACGCGCAAACAGGCCGUCAAGUUUAUCGGCGGCUGUCUGCUCACGUUCUUCGGCGUCUUUCUCAUCACCAGCGGCCGGCCCCGCCCCGAUGAGGAAGAGGACUCUCUCUCCGACGAGGAAGGCAUCGAAGAGACUAUUGGUCUUGCCGAACAGGGCCUAACGUCCCACCAGGCACCCCGCCACUCGUCUCGCCGAGAUAGCGAGUCCGAGACGUCUCGGCGGUCGUCCAGGGCGUCACGCGUAAGCUUUAAGGAGGCGGCAGCUAUAAACAAGCAUCUGCCGGCACUGUCGGGCUCGGGCUUCCCAACGCUGAGGACACCCCUUUCAAGCACCUCGACUCCAAAACAACCGCUUGGCGGAGAGAAUGGCGAAACCGCCCCAUUCCUCGAGAACGCGUGGAAAUGCAACCCGCCUGCUGCGCCAGGGCAGCACCAGCAGCAUCCCGAGCUCGGAUUGCAUGCAACAUCAUCAGACACUGUUACAACCGUGUUGACUGCCCCUGUUUCGGACGGCGAGCUCGCACACCAGCCUAGUCUAGGUAUACCAUCACAGAACCAGCUACAAAUACCAGCCAUUAUUACCACAGGCGGCGUAACACCACGGGGCCCCUUGGCGCACCCGUCCCUACGUCCGCACUCACAUCACUACGGUGGUACCAUGAUUUCACCGUCGCCGUUCUCGUCCACACUUAGCGCCGUCGUGGCCGAUAAGCUCCUCGGGCACGAUGGCGGCAGCCCCACGAUGCGCAAAGUCCGGUCACGGCGAAGCAGGCCGGGCCUACGGAACAGCCUGUUCGUGCCGCAGGACGAGAUCGAAGACGAGUACUACGAUUAUGAGGACCUGGAGGGCACCAGCGCCGUCGAGCGCCGGGCUUCCAAUCGCUCCGAUUCUUACGGGGACGGCGGCUGGACCGACGGCGAGGAGGCGGCCAAACGGGGGUUCCGCGGGCGCGCCAGGAGUUUAAGCCAUACCCUCGGCGGGCUGUUUGGCGUCAAGCGGCCUAGGAGAGACGCCGCCCCGCUAUUGGGAGAUGGCGGCGCGGACGGCGAGCAGGCGGCGGACAACCAGGAUAGUACCGAAGCUCGCCAGUGA